AUGUCGGUUACUAAAUGGCAAAAGAGCAAGAAAAGCAACAACCCUUCUAUUUCAGCAGCAUUCACUAACUAUUUACAAGAUCAAAACCAAAACAACGAGUAUCAAGGAUUAUCGCUGCUCACUGUUACUUCUCGGGUUUUGUAUAUGUUGGGAGAUAUCACCGCAGGACCUGCUUUUAUGUUCACUCAAUGGCUUCAAUCUGUUCGUAAACGCACUUCCAAUUAUCGCUCCUCUGGAUUCCCUCGCUCUUCUUCCACCAUGCCUUCUUGUGAUGGAGAUUUUGCAGAUGAUACACCAAUUGAUGAGUUUCUUGAGCAAACACAUAUUAGUUUGUGGGAUAGACUUGGUAAAGCUGAAAUGUUGGACAUUGAAUCAACCUCCUUUUCUUGGGAUAUGCUCUCUUCACUUCACCAUACCGAACACACCAGUGAACCUUCUGAAGAUGAAAUGAACAGAGCUUUUGAAGUGACAGUAAAUUCUGGAGGGGUUGUCUUCUUUGCCUUUUUCAAUGUCCUUGGGACUAAUGAUGCUUCUUCAAAAGAAGCCGCCGCUGUCUUAAAGAUAUCUUCAUCAAGAAUGGCAACACAGUCUGAACGCCUCGGAUAUGAAGUCGCCAAGGAGUUUGGAGUCCAAACUCCACAGGCUAGAGUCAUUCACAAUACCAAUUUAGAAUGGCUCCAAAUAAAGAAUGCUGCAGAAAAAGCAAAGGAUGUAGCAAGUAGUGAGAAUGAUAUAAUUGGUGAAACGACAUGUUCUGAACUUUUGGAAGCACUCGAGCUUAGUCGAUGUCUCUUGUUUAUGAGUUAUGUGCAUGGUUCACCUUUGCUUGAAAGCUCUAGUGCAUUUGAAUCACAGGAUUCUGCCGAAAGAAUAUCAGCAGACCUUGGCAGGGUAGUGAUGCUAGAUCUUGUAAUAAGAAAUGAAGAUAGGCUUUCGUGCCAUCAACUUAGAUGGCGUGGGAACCCUGCCAAUUUGUUAUUGGCUGAAAAGGCAAUCUCUUCAAAUUUAGAUACAAUAGGAGAAGCCUUUGAUCUUAUAACGAACCGACAUGGACCUGGGAUGACUAGGAUUCUUCAAAAAGAAAGAAGGUCAACUUCAGUAGAUAGCAUAUUGAGCUCUCAUACUCAUGGUAUGGUAUCACAAGGCUCUCAUCUUUCACAGAUAAGAGAAUCAUCCGAUGACGCGAACCUUAAAAGUCAAACAUCUGGAGAAUCAAUGUUUAUUGGCUCCAACAUUGUGGCUAUUGACUCUGUUGUUCCUCGUCGACCCCCUGCUGGAAAACGUGCAGAUGAUCAGGCUAAUUAUCCUAAGUUGGUUGAGUUACUACUAAAUAGCUCUGAUUUUUCCUCUAACUUGUUAUAUGAUAUAACCGGAGGAAAAUUAGGAAGUCCUCCCUUAGAAGACUUAAAUAUAACAGUUGAUGUACGAGGAAGCGAUGAAACAUUAAUAGUUCAUGAGUUCCGCAGUGGUUUUCGUGCUGCUCUCAGGGAUCUGCAAAGAUUUCAUAAAUUCCUGCUUACACUUCAUCAAAAACUUGAUAACUUGUUACGAUCGUUUAAUAAUACUAUAAGCAAAAUAUCAUUGGGGGAGUCCGAAAAAGAAGAUUCAGUAAUUUCUAACUCACCUUCACAUAAUACUGGUAGUUGUCCCUCUCCAACAAGUAAGGAGAGGUUUUUCAUUGAUAGCCAUCGAGAUUUUGGCGAUUCAGAUUCACAGAGAUCUGCUCUAAGGGCAUCACCAUCUUCAAGCAAUAGAGAUUUUUGUGACUCUGCUUCUCCUAUGUCAAGAGAAGGUUGGCAUGGUAAAUCCUCUAAAGGAUGCGUGGAGCCACUUCAUGAUUGUCGCUUUACUGCUAAGCUUCGCGAUUUUCAUAAAUUUGCCAAGGUUGAUGCAGAAUCUUAUAAAGAAUUGGAGCAUUGGAAUGAAAUGCUUAAAAAUGAUGCUAUCAAGUUAUGCCAGGAGAACAAUUUCAAUUCAGGAUUUUUUGAGGGUAGUGACAGCAACACACUUGUUGAUGCAUAUGAAUUGAAGGUCAGACUUGAGCAUAUCCUUGAGAGGACUGCAUUGAUAGCUGAGGCUGCAAAUACAGAGAGACCAUCCGCCAUUACAAAUAGUCUGUACAUCGGUGGAGCACUAUCUGCAAGAUCUGUAUACACAAUGCAACACUUGGGAAUCACUCAUAUUUUGUGUUUAUGUACUAAUGAAAUUGGACAAUCAGAUUCUCAAUUUCCCGAUCUAUUCAUUUACAAAAAUUUCUCUGUGUGCGACAAUGAGGACGCUGACAUCAGCAGCAUAUUUGACGAAGCUUGUGAUUUUAUAGAAGAUGUUGAGCGAACAGGCCAGAGUGUUUUAGUUCAUUGCUUCGAAGGGAAAAGUAGAAGUGUCACUGUAGUCCUUGCUUACUUGAUGCUCAGAAAGAAGUUCACAUUAAUAGAAGCAUGGAAUGCUAUGAAAAAAGUUCACCGUCGAGCGCAGCCGAAUGAUGGUUUUGCUAAGAUCUUACAAGAACUUGAUCAAAAACUGUAUGGGAAGGUUUCAAUGGAGUGGCAGCGGAGGAAACCAACUAUGAAAGUUUGCCCAAUAUGUGGCAAGAAUGCCGGAUUGAGCAGCAGUUUCCUUAAGCUACAUCUACAAGAUCACAGGCUAUCAUCAGGGAGUGUAGAUAGUGCCAUGACGAUGGAAAUCCAAAAGGCAUUAACCAAUUUGAAUAGUAGCCGUGGUGGGAGUGUUAGCCCCAUAGGCAAUUUCAUUCAAUGAGAGAUUAGUAGUAUAUUUCUCUUAGGUCAUUUCAGAUUUAUUGUUCAAAAUUUUUGUAGCAUCUUAAUGGCUGAGAUUGCUUUAGUUCACAUGUAAUAUAAAUCAUCUGAUCUAAAAUCAAUGGUCAAUAUUGAUUACUGCAGAUAACCGUGUAUAUUACAACUGCAAGAAAUCCAGAUCCAAUCUUCUUCUAAAA